CCCUUUAUCUCAGAAAGGGGAGAGUGCUUAUGUGUGUUUUCUCUAUCCAGCAACUCCACUGUGGCUGCUCACUGACAAGCCGACCCAGAGGAGGCUGAGGGGAUCGCUUGGGGGCUCCCUCCAGGCACCAGCUCCUUCCGCUCCAAUGGACACGGCUUUUCGCUUCUUGUUCAGCCUGAUUACAACCCUGCUGCUCCUGGUGGAAUCGAGCCAAACAGGAGCUCCUGAGAAUGGUGAAGCAGUCCGUAAGGGCUCAGGCCAGGCAGAAGAUAAAGGGCCUCUGACUCUGACAGUCACGACGAUCCUGGAAGACCCCUAUGCGAUGGCGCGAGGCACAGAGCUGGAGGGAUUCUGCAUGGACCUGCUGGAGGCCAUCUCCAAGAUGCUGCAUUUUAACUACACGGUGAAGAUCGUGAAAGACCGGCGCUAUGGGGCUGUAUCACCGGGCGGGAACUGGACAGGGAUGAUCGGCGAGGUUGUGAGACAGGAAGCCGACCUUGCGGUGGCCCCCUUAACCAUCACAGCAGCGAGGGAGGAGGUGGUAUCCUUCACCACACCGUUCCUGCAGACUGGCAUUGGGAUCAUGCUCCAGAGGGACUCGACCUCCCGGGGCACCUCGCUCUUCCAGUUCCUGGCUCCCUUCAGCAAGGAGGCAUGGACUGGCCUGCUUAUCGCUUACCUGCUGACCUGCCUCUGCCUGUUCCUCGCAGCCAGACUGAGCCCCUGCGAGUGGAAUGAGCCUGGGAACGAGGAGAAUCGCUUCACCUGCCUGAACAGCCUCUGGUUUGGAGCAGGGGCUCUUACCCUGCAAGGCACAGCCCACCAGCCCAAGGCACUCUCUGUGCGCAUCAUUACUGCUGUCUGGUGGGCGUUCACGAUCGCUUUGCUGGCUGCCUACGUGGCCAGUUUCACUGCUCUGCUCACCUCUGGGAAUGAUCAGCUCCCGAUCCAGACGUUUGAAGACCUCGUGAAACAGAGAGAGAUCCAGUAUGGGAUGCUAGAUGGUUCCUCCACAUUUCAUUUCUUCAAGAACUCCAAGAACCCCAUCCACCAGAUGGUCUAUGAAUACGUAGACAAGAGAAGAGAUUAUGUUUUAGUCAAAAACUCCCAGGAAGCUAGUCGACGUGCAGUGGAAUCCAAUUAUGCCUUCAUAGGGGAAUCAGUCUCUCAAGACCUCAUGGUAGCCAGGCACUGCAGUUUGGUCAAGGCCCCUGAAGUCAUUGGAGCACGAGGCUACGGCAUUGCCACUGCAAAGGGAUCUCCACUGGCCAGGAAGCUCUCCAUUGCUAUCCUGAAGCUGAGUGAAUCGGGUGAUCUCGACUACCUACGUAAUAAGUGGUGGGAAACCAGCUGCUUCCACACGGGACAAGACAGAUGGAGCCCCCUGGGCCCCCAAGCCUUGGGCGGGCUGUUCCUGGUUCUUGCUGCUGGCCUCAUGUUAGGAGUGAUUGUGGCAGUGGUAGAGCUGUCAAACAAGAGCAGAAGCACAGCUGAGCAGAAGAAGAGAUCAUGCUGCUCCAUUUUCACAGAGGAAAUAAGUCAACGGUUCAGAAUAAGAGAAGAUGCAAGGCAGAACCGGGAGAACCCAGAGAAGAUUAAACCCUAAGAACCACUAGGGAGCGGGGUUGGUUUCUUUCUUUCCUGCUCUAUAUAUUCAAUACUAGCCAGUUCUCUGAAUGAGCUUUCUGUAAUGGCCUUACAUCUAUAAGCCUAGAGCAUAAUUUUCCUAUAAUAAAUAGCAAUGGUCAGUGUCUACAAUGAUAGAAGAACUGGCUACAGAGAAUUAAAUGGCUAAGUGAACUGUAAAUAGGCUCCAGAUGCUAGAGUAUGAAAUCCAGCCUAAGUAAUGCUGUUUGAAAGACUUUAAGAUCUCAUGGCUAUCUGGUAACCUCUGUAAAAUAGUGGGUUCAGGAUCACAAACAAUGCACAUGGUUUACAUGCUGGCAUGGUCCUUUCAGACUGGGAGUGAAGGAUGUGGUGUGGGAGACAGCAGCGCAGAGAAACCUCAACACCAGCUUGUACGGUGUGGACUUGUGAUUGAGCUGUCCAAGCCCACUGGGGAUUGUGGGUAUAUACACAGAACGCUGAAGCCUGUAGCACUGAGUUUUCAUUGUUGUGACCUGACUGCAGUGUGGGCAUAUUCAGAUAAUCUAGUUCUGAAAUCACUCUGCCCAUUUUAAGAGUUACUGUUUCACUAAUGUAUCUCAUAAGCUGGAAGGUUAAUAGAUUUCCCUACCUACCUACUACUUGGAUUCCCAGUGUUUUGGCUGCCUUUUAGCAGACCAGAAGAGCUGAAAAUGAGGAUUUGGCCAAUUUUCUUGGUUCUCAGCCUCAUGUGCAUCACAAUAUUGAGUGCGAAGCUUUAUAAUUUACUAGCUGUGCUUGGAUUUAGUCUGGGAAGGGUUAGAGCAGCACAGUCACUUUCAUUAACAUUUUAAAACACUCAUCUCUGUAGCUUGAGGGCCUUUUUUUGUAUACAGAUGUCUUUAGCACCCAGACAGUAUUUUUGCACCAAGUAACUAACACUUAUUUCAGACAACGGGAUAUUCUAAGGUCCUGGGAUCUCAUUUAAGUAAGUGCAUAAUGCCAAUUAUUAGCCUAGAUAUUUUCAGCUAAAUAUGUACGCUGCUUUGCAUGUAUUUUCUAUUUCACCCUUGAACUAAUGAAACUAAAGUGAGGGGCGAUCUCCAUCUUUCUACUGACAACAGUGAGGAGGAGGGUUAAUGAUUCAUAUUCCCCUUUUGGUUUAUUGGCAUUUCUCGUACAAUUAUGGGCCCUGUCCAUGGGAAGGAGCAACUUGUUAAGACUUCCUGUUUUCCCCCCCAAAGAUGGAAGCAAUAUGCUAAGGCCGAAAUGAAAAUCAGAGAACUCACACCUGGGCAAUUUGUAGUAGAGCUAAAAGUAGAAUAGCACCUGCCUUUAAAACCAAACUGUGCAAGUCUGCCACCAGUGUAAUGGUAGCUAUUCUGCUUCAGGCAUUUUUGUUAGUGACAGAGGAUGUGAAUCAGUUGAAACUAAAUAAAAGUUAAUUACUUACAAA